AUGCAGAAUGCUUCGGCUUUGAUUGAUGGUCUUUCAGGUGAACGUGUUCGUUGGACGGAAGCAUCGAAGAGCUUCGAGGCACAAACGGGCCGACUCAUCGGUGAUGUUCUAUUAGCUACAGGAUUUCUUUCUUAUACUGGUCCAUUCAAUCAAGAGUUUCGUACAUUAUUAAUCAAACAAUGGCGUUCAGAUAUGAUGCGACGUAAAAUUCCGUUCUCCGAGGAUUUGAAUAUUGUCUCGUUCUUGGUUGAUAACACUACAAUUGGCGAAUGGAAUCUUCAAGGUUUACCCAAUGAUGAAUUAUCUAUUCAAAACGGUUUAAUUGUCACAUCAGCCGCUCGUUUUCCACUUCUUAUUGAUCCACAAGG